UGUAAAGUGGGAGGGGUUUGAUCUAGACCCCGCCCCCUGUGUCUCGUGUUCUGCAGUAUGGAUCUCAUGAGUUUCGCGCGCCCUCACUUUCGCACUGCAUGCCUGUGUGAAACGUGGAGCAAAAGUGAUUUUUGCGUUAUGCCAUUUUUUCCCCACGAAUUACCCUCACUGCAAAAGCAUGUGUAACCUGUUGUGAUUAACGUUACAUUCAUUGUCUUUAUAUGAAGUUUGGCUCAAAGCAGAGUAGGUUUGUAUUCAGUAGGAGCGGUCGUGAGUCCGUGUGUUUUCAGUAGUUUUUGUAUUUCAAUUUAUCAACAUCAUGGUAAAUUAUUGUGUUUGUGGAGGGUGCACAAACUCCAGCCUGUCAGGACAUCGAGUCCACAGGUUCCCUAACAAGAAAAAGGACGGCGCUAUCUUCCGUGCCUGGGUGCGUUUUGUGCAGACUAAGAGACGGGACUUCAGUUCUGCAUCUGCUUCGAAAAACGCGGUGGUGUGUAGCGUUCACUUCAGACCGGAGGAUUAUCGUCCCGGCGAUAUAAUGGAGGUCAACAUGGGAUGCCGAAGCAAGAACCAAGUGAGGCUCCAAGCUGAUGCGGUUCCUUCGGUGCACGCAACAACGGGUUCGGCCGGCGGGAGACGUUAUUAUGGUCACAGAUCCGCCAGAAAUGCAAGUCUACGACAACGUAAAGUGUGCAGGGAUUUGGAAGACAUUGAAAGUAAUGAAGUGGGAGAUCAAUCUACAGCCAGUGCCGCAGUGCUUGCUGACCCUGAGCAAGAGGCUUUCUCUCCACUGGCCCCUCAGUCAUCUGUGCUUCACUUUGGCCCACAGUGUAACCUCAGAUCUUCACAUCGUUCAUCAGUUUUUCCUCAACCAACAACGCCUGGCACAGGAAAACAAAGUAAGAAAAGAAAAACAGUCCUACAAACGGCUACGACGAAAAAACGACUGGACCAGCAAAGGGCUCAAACCAGAGUGAACAUCGGCGUUGCUUUUCCACGUUGGAGACAACUGCGGGACUCAAAGGGACUGAAAACUGACGCGAUGCUUGCAGUUUUUCUUUUGGAUAGUUACGAGAAAACUGCAGCAUCCACAGCUUUGGUGCAUGAACUCCCCAAACCACCACCACCACCACCAGUUUCGACUAAUAUUUCCGACCGCAAAGGGCAGGAGAUGAAAUCUGAGUGUUUUGGUCCUUGGAGCUCAGUUUUACUUAAACUUGAGCAAGUGCAAGAAGAUUGUGAUGGAAAUGAUUUGUCCUCCUUCAGUGUGGACAUCAUACAGGUGAAGCAGGAAGACCCAGUACAGGUGAAGCAGGAAGGCUCAAUACAUGUGAAGCAGGAAGACCCAGUACAGGUGAAGCAGGAAGACUCAAUACAGGUGAAGCAGGAAGACACAGGCGAGUCUGAGUUUUGGUGCAGUUCCAGCAUGCAGCAAGAUCCAGAGAUGUCUGGGGGUGCAGAUGCUAGUCACCCAGUUUCACUUCAUUUCAACAAACUAAAAGAAAUGGAUCAUUACUGUGGAAAUGGGGAAUCGUUACCUUCAGAGGAUCUUGUACAAGCUCUCAAAAGUGAGGAUUUGAAGACUGAAGAGCCCAUUGAAGAACAGGCAUGGACAGGAAGGAUCACAUAAAAGUCUGUUCCUCCAGCAUCUCAUACCAAGCCACUCACAUGCAGACAAUCAUCCAGACAUGCAAAGUAUCUUCUCCCACCACUUCAACUGCUAGCAGGGUUUCUGAACUGACCAUGAAGAGUCAAUGUGAAAAUGCAUUAACUGAAAAUGAACUAACUAAAAUAAAUAAACAAUAUAAAUGAACUGAAACUGUCUAAUUCUUGCCAAAGUCAGAAGAACUCCAAGUACAGAUCGCAGUUCUUCAAAAUUGAAUUAGAGCUAUUAUUUGUAUAAACUUCCCCCAGCACUCAGCCUGCUCUCCACAAAGUGAUCUUGAUUAUGUUUUGGACCUGCUUAAUUUUUGGCAUUCUGAAAAUGAGAAACUUCUCAAAGGCUUCCACGGGCAUUUCUUGGGUAAAAAUCCACUAUGCAAGGUGAGCUGAAACGCAAGGCAGAAGAUCAACCAUGUGAGACAUUUCAUUCUUCACAUGGCAAAAGGAUAUCCUCCAAUCAAAACAUUACCCUUCUUGGACUACAUAGAGCAGAUUAAUGAGUGGGUGGUGACCCUUCAGAAUGGUAACAUGAAUGUCAGACACUACUUACUGGAUUUAUUGGCCUUCCUGAUGUUUUUAAACAGAACAAGUGGUCCAAUCGCUCACCUCACACGACAUUCAAGGCAGCACAUUCGGAGACAACUGAGACAAAAGCUAAAGGACAUUAACACACUUAAAAUCCCACAAACGGACACUCAAGGGCUCUGGAGACAAUCCCUCUACACCGAAGCAGCAUGUAAACAAGAGCACUUCACGAGAGCAGGGCUGUGCCUCACUGCAUGUGUGCUGGAUAUAAAAAUGUUGAAAGUGUUGUUGAUUUUUAUAUACAAACUACUGUACUUUUGUUUUAGAAGUUCUUCCGUUCAAUUGCUGUUUAGUCUAGUGGGGUUUUUUUUUCUUUUAUGGCAGAGAAAUCACAGUUGAACAUGUACAGUAAAUCAGUUUAUUUUGCACAUGGGUUCUCAGCCUUUCACUUUUUUUUUUUUUUUUUUUAAUUGAUGUAUAUUUGGGGCAACGUAAUGAAAAAAUAUUAUAAUAAAUUCAAAUAUUUGAUACAAAUAUGAUUUAAAUACCUUUCAUAAGAAUGUCUAGAAAAUAUUGUUAAUUUAAGUAGUGUUUAAAGAUUGUUUGCAUAAAUGUAUUAUUUCAGGAAGUAGUUAAGGGGAAUUCUGCACUUUGGGAGAAAUAGAAUUGUUCAUAAGUUCAGGUGUUAUAAAGAAUGUGCCGUUUCAAAUGUAUGAGGACGAAUAAUCUGUUCUUCUAGCAGACCUGUACCACCUCAGAAAAGAGCUUUGAUUUCUAGUGAAUGUUUUAUUGUGGUUUUUCUUCUUCGGCUGAUAACUCAUAAAAUUAUUUAAACAACUCUUCUUCUGAAGAAUCAUUCCUACCUGAUUUUCAAACAAAAUGUGAGACUAGUAAUUGGCAUUAAAAGAUGUGAAUUGGG